AUGGCCGAUUCGUUUGACCUUUUUGGCGAUACCUCGCCCGACGACCAGGCCCUGCUGGCAUCGAGGAGUCAGUCCCUUGGCCAGGCUCGCCAGGCAAUCCUCGCCAAGCCCAUUCGAUCCGCCGAGGAACGUCGGCGCCGCUAUGUCAAUUGGGAGGGCCGCAAGACCAACUGGACAGUGCUCCCGGCUGUCUGGUCCAGUGCAGAGUGCGACCACAUCCUCGAAGCCAUCCAGGACAUUGCCGACCGCGAAGGCUGGGAGAGCGACCGGCACUCGGCCUUCCCGACGACGGACCUGCCGCUCACGAGAUUCCCAGAAGCGCUCCAGGAGUUUGUGCGGUCUUCCCUGACCGAACGUGUGCUACAUACCAGCGGAUCGACCCUGGGGUUUGAGCACGGCGACUUGGCCUUUGUCGACUUGUUUUUCGUCCGCUACGAAGCCAGCGGCCAGAGAAUGCUGUCCCCGCACACCGAUGGCUGUCUGCUCUCUUUCAACGUUCUGCUCAACUCGCCGAAUGAGUUCGAAGGAGGCGGCACGACAGUCUUCCCAAGCACCGCCUCGACAUCGGAUGCAGUCCCGCAGCCACAAACGAUCCACAUCCGGCGCGGCGACUGUCUCCUACACGACUCCAAGAUCAUGCAUUCUGGCAACGAGGUCACCCACGGCCAGCGCAUCAUAUGUGUUGGCUUUGUCGAUACCCAGCGAGAUGGCCAUGCAAGAAAAGUGCCGGGGCAGACGCACUCUGGCCGGAUGUCCGGCAUGUUGGAGCAUUCAUCAUCAUCACCUGCCCGGCCAGGAACGACGGGUUGA